GCCCUAUGUUUCGAACCGUACCUUACAUUCUUCAAUCUUUUUGGCAAUCUCUGAGACUGUUAGUUCUUCUUCAAGUCAUGGCCUUCUUCCAGCUCUCUUCCCCUGGUUCCUCCACCACAGCCCUCAAAUGGCUUGGCUUUGUGGCGGCCGUUUGGGUCCAAGCCAUCUCCGGCAACAACUACACCUUCUCAAACUACUCCGAUGCCCUAAAGUCGCUCAUGAAUCUCACCCAGCUCGAGCUCAACAAUCUUUCCGUGGCCAAGGACGUCGGCAAGGCUUUUGGCCUUCUUGCCGGCCUUGCCUCUGAUAGGUUUCCCACCUGGCUUAUUCUGCUUAUUGGGUCGGUCGAAGGCCUUGUCGGGUACGGCGCCCAGUGGCUCGUUGUUAGUGAGAAGAUUACUCUUUCUUAUUGGCAGAUGUGCAUAUUCCUGUGCAUGGGAGGGAACAGCACAACGUGGAUGAACACGGCGGUGCUGGUGACCUGCAUACGCAACUUCCGGAAGAACCGAGGCCCAGUCGCAGGCAUCCUCAAGGGCUACGUGGGUCUCAGCACCGCCAUCUUCACCGACCUCUGCGCCGCGCUCUUCUCCGACGAUGCUGCCUCCUUCCUCGUCAUGCUCGCCGUCAUCCCCAUGGUCGUCUGCGUCAUCGCCGCCUUCUUCCUCCGCGAGUCCCCUCCCGCUGCCACCCCCGCGGAGGAGCAAGAGGAGUCCCGCUUCUUCGGGGUCUUCAACGCCGUCGCCGUUGUCGUCGCCGUCUACCUCUUGGCCUACGACUUCGUACCCAGCCCCAGCACCACCUUCUCUCGUGUCUUCGCCGCCGUACUUCUCGUUCUCUUGGCCUCCCCCCUGGGAAUUCCCAUUUACUCUUUUUUCUUCGCAAGCCGAAAAAGAUCCGGUCCGGAUAUCGAAGGGCAGGCACGUGAACCUUUGCUUGUGGAAGAGGUAAACACGACGGAGAGUCAGGAUCGGUUUGACGACGUGGCGGUGCAGAAGGUGGAGGACGUGGCGGCCAUGGAGGGAGAGGAGGAGGAGGUGGGGAAGAAGGCACCGUUGAUUGGAGAGGAGCACACGAUCUUCGAGGCUCUGAGGACCGUUGAUUUCUGGGUCUUGUUUAUAUCUUUUCUGUGUGGAGUGGGGACCGGCUUGGCGGUGAUGAACAAUAUGGGGCAGAUAGGCUUGGCGCUUGGCUACGCUGACGUGUCCAUCUUCGUAUCGCUCACGAGUAUUUGGGGGUUUUUCGGGCGGAUCAUUUCGGGUACCGUAUCGGAGUACUUCAUCAAGAAAGCUGGAACACCAAGACCUCUUUGGAAUGCUGCUUCUCAGAUUGUAAUGGCUGUUGGUUACGUUCUGAUGGCCUUGGCCGUGCCUGGUUCCCUGUACAUCGGCUCAGUCGUUGUCGGGAUUUGCUACGGCAUCCGUCUAGCCAUUACGGUCCCGACCGCCUCCGAACUAUUUGGUCUAAAAUAUUAUGGCCUCAUCUACAACAUUCUAAUCCUCAACCUUCCCCUGGGCUCCUUCCUCUUCUCCGGUCUUCUUGCCGGCUUACUAUACGAUAUGGAGGCUACUGCCACCGCCGGUGGUGGCAAUACCUGCGUCGGCGCCCAUUGCUACAGGCUAGUGUUUGUGAUCAUGUCUGUUGCUUGCAUUAUUGGGUUUGGUUUAGACAUUUUGUUGUCAGUUAGAUCGAAGGAGGUCUAUAACAAGAUUUUCACGAGCAAGAAAUCAAAGAAAUCGUUAGCAGCAGCAGCAUCUGAUGGCCAAUAAUGACAAUUGCUGAGAGGAUUGAUGAGCUUUAUGCUCAGUGAUAUCCUACGUUAAUAACCAAUAUUGGUUUCUCUCUCAAUUUUCUAAGGCAGGCAUUAUAUUUUGUACUUUAAUAUUUGCGUGCUUCUUAUUCAGUCCCGUUCUUAGUUUCAUUAUUAUUUCCAGUCGAGCCUCUUUUUUUUUUUUUAUUCGGUAUUGGGUCCUGGACAUUUCUUGUAUUCUAUAAAUUUUGGUCUAUAAGUUCAAAUUUUGGAAUUUAGA